CUAAUUCCUAUUUUGGAAUCGGAUUCUAUCGCUACCGAUCAAGCCAAAUCCAUAGAAAAAACAAAUCGAGACAAAAAACAGAGAGCAUCUGAUUCUCCAUUCUUUGUCCCUGAUUACACGGCUUCGCUUUCUGUAUUCUAGUUGAAGAUGCGAUGGGCAACGUCAAUGUUAAAAAGCGUAACGCUCAAUUUUCCAGAAAUGUUAAAGCGGAACGCAGAAGUAGUAGCUCAUCCGACCUAACUAACCGAUCGGUGCCUCAGCUUCCACGACCGCAGCAGCGGCAGGAGCAGCCGCCGCCGCCGCCGCCGAUGAUGAUGCAGAGGAAAUCGAGUAAAAAUAACCGAUCUUCGGGAGAAAGCUCCGUCGUAGCGGGGAAGGAAUCUGCGAAGAAGAAAUAUGCUUUGAUUCCCGAUAACUUCACUACCCUAGAGCAGGUUACUGCAGCCUUGAGGAAAGAAGGUUUGGAAUCUUCAAAUCUCAUCCUUGGAAUUGAUUUCACUAAGAGCAACGAGUGGACUGGCAAAAUGUCAUUCAAUAAUAGAAGCCUGCAUGCUAUUGGAGCAACACCCAACCCCUACGAGAAGGCCAUCUCUAUUAUUGGCAAGACCUUGGCACCCUUCGAUGAUGACAAUUUAAUUCCAUGUUUUGGCUUUGGUGAUGUUACCACCCAUGAUCAAGAAGUGUUUAGCUUUCACAGUGAUCACUCAUCCUGUCAUGGUUUUGAGGAAGUCCUGGCUUGCUACCAAAAAAUAGUUCCGAACCUGAAACUUUCAGGGCCUACUUCUUAUGGUCCGGUGAUUGAGGCUGCAAUAGAUAUAGUUGAGAAAAAUCGUGGCCAAUUCCAUGUGUUGGUUAUAAUUGCAGAUGGCCAGGUUACAAGAAGUGUCAACUGUGAUGACAAAGAACUCAGUCCUCAAGAACAGAAGACCAUCCAAGCUAUUGUUGAUGCAAGUUCAUAUCCACUUUCGAUUAUUCUUGUUGGAGUUGGUGAUGGACCUUGGGAAGACAUGAGAAAGUUUGAUGACAAGAUACCUGCACGUGAUUUUGAUAAUUUUCAGUUUGUUAAUUUCACUGAUAUUAUGUCUAAAAAUUCAAGCCCCUCUCAGAAAGAAGCAGCUUUUGCUUUGGCUGCUCUUAUGGAGAUACCGUUCCAGUAUAAAGCAGCUAUUGAACUUGGAAUACUUGGCCGUGUAACAGGAAGGGCAAAGAAAAUAAUUCCACGACCUCCUCCAGUUCCUUAUUCUCGACCUGCACCACCGGCUCGUGUACCGAGUGAUAUACACUCAUCAACAGAUGAUGAGCGAAAUCAGCAGGUCUGCCCUAUCUGCCUGACAAAUGCAAAGGACUUGGCCUUUGGGUGUGGGCACAUGACUUGCAGAGAUUGUGGAGCCAGGUUAACCAACUGUCCCAUUUGCCGAGAGCGGAUCACUUCUCGUCUCAGGGUUUUCACCGGGUGAUCAUACGUGCAAGGGGAAGGGUGAACAGCUCAGGGGUUCAUGUUUAUGCACAUUAACUAAAGUCAGAGUGUUGCUUCCUGAUGGUUGAAGAAUGGACCGGGAUUUGCACGAGACUACUGUAAUGAUGGUGACUUGGAUUUGUGGAAGAUUUUAUUUGUUUCAUGUUGAGUGUUUUGAAGUUGUUUAUAAGUUAUAGCCAUCGUGUAAAUACCGUACACUUUCUUCUUUGAUACCAACAUGCUUUGAAGAACGUUGUGAUAUUUCCAAGGGCCAAGAGCUGCUUGCUUAGACUGAGGAAUUGUGAAAAGCUCCUUGCGAUCCAUUUCAAUAA